GCGCUGAAGAGAAGCGGAGAGAAAGAAGAAACCGCUCAUCUGCUCACAGAAUUCGGUGCAGGAAUACUGCGCUUCAACUUUGAUAUACCAUGGAGAAGAGGUGAUCCUGUCCUUCUGCAGCUAAAGAAAUAUUAUCAAAGAUCAUGGGGAAUUCAUACGCGGGACAGCUGAAAUCUGCCCGCUUUGAGGAAGCUCUUCACAACUCCAUAGAGGCCUCAUUAAGAUCGAGCGGCGGCGACCCACAGCCCGUAUUCACACAGCUGUAUCUCGAGCCUGAUCAGUAUCCUAGCAACCUGGAAGAUAUUAAGCCCAAAAUGGACCUAAGCAUGAAGUCCAACCUGUCCAGCCAUGUGCUGGUGAACUGCCAGUCGUCCAAUUCCAUUGAUGAUAUGGAUGACGAGGACGAUUCAGACACCAGCAGCCCACCGCUGCCGUACCUUCAGGGCCCCCCUCCUGACGGCUGCUGCACUGUUGACGGGUUCUGUCAAGCGGGAAAGGAUCUGCGCCUGGUUUCCAUGGCAACAGAGUCUAUCGAGGUUCCCACGGGGUUCAAGCUGGUUGGUGCCAAAUCGUCCAGCAUCCCGGAGCACAUCCUCGUCUGUGCGGUGGACAAGCGCUUCCUGCCAGAUGAGAAUGGGAAAAAUGCACUUUUAGGGUUUUCAGGGAACUGUGUAGGCUGUGGUGAGAAAGGGUUCCGCUACUUCACUGAGUUCUCCAACCACAUCAACAUGAAGUUAUCCACUCAGCCGAAGAAGCAGAAGCACUUAAAGUACUACCUGGUGAAGAACUCUCAGGGUGCUCUGUGCAAGGGAACCCUCAUCUGCUGGAAAGAAUGUAAGACAAGGCCAUUCUCGGGCAGUGCUUCUUCAUCCAAGCCUAGUUCCUCAUCCUCACUAAGCAGCAAAGAAAAUGGAGACACAAAUGGCCACAGUCCAUCUCCCUUCCCCCUCUCAGACUCGCCUCCUGCCCGCAUGCAAUCGGGCUCAUCCUCAGGGAUUUUUGGACCCCCGGAGCUGGGCUUCCUCAAACCGUUGAACACACUGACCCACGGGACCAAGACUUUACCGAUCGUUCCCACUGCCCUGCGAGUAAACAGUCUAACUAAUGGUCUGAGUAUGGACGGACGGUCCAGUCUACUGAGCCCGCCUCAUACAAACCCACUGGCCACACCUACUCAUGGCUAUAGGGCCACAGAACCAGGAGACAGUCCAGCAUCCUCUGCAAUGUCAUCCGGUCCGCCUAAAAAGCGUCACCGCAGCUGGCACCCCACGUCUCUCGUCCCUUUCCCGGCCACGGCCGUCCCUGUGCCAGCCAUCCGCCCGCUGACGUGCAGCUCUGGUUCUUUACUGUCCCUGACCAAUCAACAGCCUCCAUCAGUGUCAGGGGUCAUACAACCCCAACCAAUCACAGCGGGAGAAACUGUCAUCAUCCCUGACAACCUUCUGAACUCCUCCGGGGUCCGACCAGUCCUUCUCAUUGGUCAAGGCACUUUGCCGUACUUCUUUGGCAAUGUGGGUGAUCUGGUGGUGAGCCCCCUGCUGGUGAGCUGCUAUAAGGGCCGAGAGCUAAAUGAGAAGACCCUCGCCAGUCUGGGGAUGUCAGCAAGCCAGUUACUCACCACAGAGACCAUGAUACUGCUCACACUGCAGUACCUUGCUCGGCUGGGUACGGAGCAGAUCCCGUUACGGGAAGAGUUUGAGCAGAUCGUACUGAAGGCCAUGCUGUGCGGUCCGACCGGCCCUCCCGUGUCCCCCUCCCAGCUGCCCUGGUUAGCUCGAAUGGAGGCCAGUGUGUCAGGGGGCUGCGUUCAGGUGCUGGUCAGCCACGGCUCUCUGGGCGAGGGCAUCUCUGAGUCGCUGCGCUCACUGAGUGAGACGCCAUCACAGCAGCAGCAGUGCCUGCCCAACUACGUGCUCAUCAUCUGCACCUCCAAAAGUGGAGCGAAUGAGUUCUGCGUGCUAGUGUUGGGUAAAUAUCAGUCUCGAGCCUUGGCGGAGAGCAUGCUCUCUACCAAUGAGUUUCUGAAGGAGAUCAGCUAUGAGCUCAUCACCGGGAAAGUUAGUGUGCUCGCCUCGCACUUCCAGAGCACCUCAUUAGGCGACAACAUGGACAAACAGCUGGUUCGGUACCAGCGUAAGCGCAAAGACCGCGUGGUUCAGCCAUUUCAGGGACAUCUGACCGAAUACAUCCACUCCCAAGAGGCCGCAGCCAUGCUACCAGAAUCAGGGCCAGAUCUGCUGAGUGAUGGCUUUCAGAUACACCCUCCGCAGCUGAGCGUUGCACGCAGCCUUUUGUCACAGGUGUGUGCUAUCGCCGACUCAGGGAGCCAGAGCUUAGAUCUGGGCCGCUUCUGUAAAGUGGACUUCCUGAUAUUGGUGCCGCCGUCACAUGUCCUGGUUCACCAAACCGUCCAGCGAAUACAACAAUCAGGCGUCCUGAUAGAUCUAGGAAUAGAGGACGACUCAUUAGCGCUGCAGAAGUCUGACAAGUAUGUGGUGCGUCUGGACGCGGAGGUCCACACAAAAAUGGAGGCCUUCAUGAGGAAGGUCAAGCAGAACCCUUAUACGCUCUUCGUCCUCGUUCACGACAACUCGCACGUCGACCUGACCAGCGCUCUGUCAGGGUCGGUUUGUCACGGGGAGUUGCAGGGAUUGGCCGACCGCGUGGUGAACUGUCCGGAGGUUCUGGAAGCAAUUAACUUGCUGGUUCUGCAGGUCAGCUGCUUCCCGUUCACCCUGCAGAGCCGUCAGUCACGCAUCAGUCCCCUGAAUGAAGUGCACUGGCCCAACACUGAGAACCCGCAGGCUGAGGCUUCUCCUAAGGACCUGGUCUACUUUGGGCUGAAGGACUACAGCAGCUCCCUGCAGUGGGGAGUAGCGAGUCCAAUCCUCCGAUGUGACGACGCUUUUGAGCGGAUGGUCAAAACCCUGCUGGAGAGGCAUCCGCAUUUGCACAGCAUGGUGAUCCGCAGCUAUCUGUUGAUACAGCAGUACACAGAGGCCCUGAUGGCCCUCACAGCGGCCCCGUCGCUGCGGGAUCACGUGACCCCUCAGACCCUCGCCAUGGUGGAGGAUCUGCUGAGCGUGCCGGGCCGCAGCAGGCACGGGUGCGGACACAUGCUGCUGGUGCGUGUGCCCUCGCUGCAGCUGGCGCGGCUGGCGCAGGAGCGGCUGGAGGAGGCCCGGGAUAAGCUGGGUCUACAGUACCGCUUCGCUGUGCUGCUGGGAAGCCCUGCUGCUGAGAUCAGCCUGCCGGUUCACUUCUGUGCGCGUCUGCGGGCUUGGAGAGGCUGUAAGAAUGAAGAAUGGGUCCCACAUACAUAUGAAGAUCUGGAAGGACUUCCGUGCAUCGUCAUCCUCACAGGAAAAGAUCCUCUAGGAGAGACCUUCCCAAGGUCGCUGAAGUACUGUGACUUGCGGCUGAUCGACUCCAGCUACCUGAUGCGUACGGCACUGGAACAGGAAGUGGGUUUGGCCUGCUCGUACGUGACACGCAGAGUAAUACCCGAGACGAAAACGCCAGCGGGCAGAGAAGAGAGACCGACAGAUGACAAGAGAGGCUCGGGAGAAACAGCAGACCACGACGAGCUCCAGAUGGAGCUGGAGAGACCACCCAGCAAUGCCAGCGCUGCCACCAGGACCUCUGGCUCCAUCACAGAAAACGGCGUCAGUUCUUCAAGUGUACUGGACAAACCGUCCUCACACAGCAACCCGUCCAGCAGCAGAAAUAUAAUGGACUCUUGCUCGUCUCCCGUUCGCUUCAAACAGGAGUGUGACUCCCAGGCUCCCUCGUCCUCGUUCUCCUCUGCCUCCUCUUCCUCCUCCUCUUCCUCCUCUCCGGGAGCUCAGCGGCCGAGCCAGUCCACACAGGCCCCGCGUGAAAGCAGCCGGGCGCAGGUCUUCCCCCGGACGGCGGUGCUGUCCCGGGCGGCGUACGCCCUGCUGGCCCCUGAGGCGCUGGGUCAGCCCAGCUCGGCGUCUCUGCUGCCUCACGCGGAUGUGGCCUGGAGCAGCCCGCUCAGACCACCGGUUCCUCACGCUCUCGGAGGGGCAGAGCAGUCCCUGUACUACCGCCAGUGGACCACAGCCAGGCAGCACCACGCAGAUUACGAAGGGCCGGCUCUGCCCCAUCCCAGAAGACUGCUGCUGAGUGGACCACCACAGGUUGGAAAAACGGGUGCGUAUCUGCAGUUUCUGCGAAUCCUGUUCCGUAUGCUGAUUCGCCUGCUGGAGGUGGACGUGUAUGAUGAAGAAGAGCUGGAGGAGGAUGUGCAAGACAAAUCAAAGGCUCCCCCUGCCAGUGGGCCGCAGUGGCCUGACGUGGAGGACAUCCGCAAACUGCCCUUUGACCUCUACCCCAGUGACCCUAAGUUCAGAUACGCGAGUCCAGUGUAUGCAGACAGGAUGCCAAAGACACUGAACGGGGUUAAAACAGAAAGACUAGAGGCAGAAGGGGAGCUGCCGAAGAGAAACACAGUGUCUGUCAGACUCAGCCUGUUUGCGGCCCACAAUGCAUUUCACCACUGUGAGCAGUGCCACCAUUACAGCGAGCCUGCUCCUGCCGCUCAGCUGUCCGACUGCACCUUCCAUGCCUUCACGUUCUGCUCAUCCAUGCUGGGAGAGGAAGUCCAGCUGCACUUUAUCAUUCCUAAAGCCAAAGAGCCUCAUUUUGUGUUCAGCCAGCAGGGCAGUCAUUUAGAGAGCAUGCGGCUCCCGCUGAUCUCAGACAAGGAAUCUGGCAUGCUGAAAAGUCCCAUCUUCACACCCACUACGGGCCGUCAGGAGCACGGCCUGCUCAACAUCUACCACGCCAUGGAGGGGGCCGAGCACCUGCACAUUUUGGUGGUCAAGCAAUAUGAAAUGCCUCUCUACAGGAAAUACUGGCCCAACCACAUCCUUCUGGUGCUCCCCGCCAUGUUCAACAGCUCCGGAGUGGGAGCAGCUCGAUUCAUGAUCAAGGAACUGUCCUACCACAACCUGGAGCUGGAGAGGAACAGGCAAGAGGAACAGGGCGUCAAACGACAGGACGUGUGGCCCUUCAUCGUUAUGAUGGAUGACUCCUGCGUCCUGUGGAACGCCCAUCAGCCUGGACCCGAGGGCGACAGUGAGGCCAUGAACGUGUCACUGAAGAGUGUCCUGCAGCACAUGGAGGCCACUCCGAAGAUCUCUCUGUAUGCCAUGUGUGGCCUGCGCAAAUGGAGCAGUGCUUUGUCUUCUCGAGCUCCCACAAGCCCUUUCUCUCGCUGUCACCUCCACGACCUCGUCAUGCUGAACGUCGACCUCACCCAGAACGUCCAGUAUGACCUCAACCGGUUCACAUGUGAAGAAGUGGAUUUUAUCCUGAGGGCAAACAGCAGUGGUCUUCUGCUCUGUCGGUUCAAUCACUUCAGCAUCAUGAAGAAACACAUCCCCAUCGGAGGACAUAAAGACUUCCUCAUCAAGCCCAAACUCAUGAGGAUGGAGACCCCGGUGCGUGUGUGUGCGUCUCAGUAUGUGUGCGCUCCGGACAGUGAACACACACUGCUGUCCGCGCCGGCUCAGUUCCUGCUGGAGAAGUUUCUGCAGUCCUGUAGCCACCGGCUCUUUCCUCUGGCCCUCGGUAACAGCGCUAACCCCGUGCUGUCCAUAGACAGCUACCUCAACCUCGGCCCACAGAUUCAGACGUGUUACAUGAGCUCUCGGCCGCACUCAGUGAAUGUGGAUCAUCAAGGGGUGAUGUUCAGUGGGCUGCUGCUCUACUUGUGUGACUCCUUUGUCGUUUCGAGCCUCCUGAAGAAAUUCAACUUCCUCAAAGGCGCCACACUGUGCGUGAUCUGUCAGGACCGCAGCUCUUUGCGUCAGACUAUUGUGCGUUUGGAGCUGGAGGACGAGUGGCAGUUUCGUCUGCGGGAUGAGUUUCAGACGGCUAACUGCAGCGAGGACCGUCCCCUCUACUUCCUCACCGGCCGCCAUAUCUAAUCUCCUCAUCUCCAUUUCAAUUCAACUGCUUGGCUGUUUGUUUUCCAGCAUCAUAACUCUCCAACACCUGCUUCUGAAGAGAAUAAGACUUGAGAUUCUCAUCACUACCUCAGACGAUGUUUGAGGAUAGAUACUUUGAAGAAAUGACAGAUACAGAUUUUGUGUUUCCCUUUUUAUAUUUUGGAAAAACUUUGUUUGUUGGUGAUUUUGCUUGUCCUAACAUGCAAGGACACUGCGAAGGAUAUGUCCUUCUACAUAUGAUCUCAGGGUUUUUUGUCAUGAGACAAAAGGACGUACUACUGUACUGCUAUUCUUUCUUUCUUCUUGCUGGCUUUAUGUACUGCUCAUCAUUAAUGCAGUCCACCAAAGACUUAUAAACUCCUCAAUCUGGACGCUUACACAACAGCUCAUGAUGCUUUUAGGUGUGUAGUCUUGGGAGCAUUUCAUCGGGCAAUGUCAUCAAGAUUCUAUAAUCUUUUAUCUUGCCAAAGAUAUUACCUGACGUAAUCCAAAAAACAUCCCUUGCUCCUCAGAGUUGUCAGUCACCCAAGUUUGGGCGUUGCAAUGGACCCACAAGGUUACAAAGUUCACUUACUGAUGUCAGC